AUGGACGACGUUGAAGCUCAAUGUGUCCUUGGAUUAAUGUAUCUUGAUGGUGAAGGGGUUAAAAAAGACGUACAAGAGGCUUUGAAAUGGUUAGUAAAAUCUGCUGAAAACGGAAAUCUUGAUGCACAAUUACUUGUUGGACAAUUAUAUAUAGACGGAAUUGGAAUUGGAAUUAAUAUAGAGAAAGAAAAUGUAACAGCUUUUGAUUGGUUUUGUAUGGCUGCUGAACAAGGUGACGUUAACGCUCAACUAUUAGUUGGACAUAUGUUAUACGAAGGAAAAAGCGUUACAAAAAAUAUUAAUGAAGCUUUUAAAUGGUUCGAAAAAGCUGCUAAAAAUAACCAUGUUAAAGCACAAUUUCUUAUUGAUAGAAUUAGGAAUGAUAAUUCCGGUAUUAAUUCCAGUAAUAAUUUCGGUAGUAAUAAUUCCGAAGCUUCAGAUGGUGGAGAUGAAGCUCAACUUAUUCUUGGUUUAAUGUACCUUGAUGGGGAGGGAGUUAAAAAAAAUAUUAACGAAGCUUUGAAAUGGCUUACAAAAUCAGCAGAGAACGGUAAUGUCAAUGCCCAAAUACUUAUGGGACAAUUAUGCUUUGAUGGAGUUGGUGUUAACAUAAAGAAAAAGGAUGCAAGAGCUUUCCAUUGGUUUCAUAUGGCAGCUGAGCAAGGUGAUGUCAAUGCUCAAUUAAUAGUUGGCCACCUAUUAUAUGAAGGAAAAGGUGGCAAUAAAAAUGUUAAUGAAGCUUUUAAAUGGUUUGAGAAAGCUGCUGAACAAAAUGAAGUUAAUGCACAAUUCAUUGUUAGUAGAAUGUAUUUUAAUGGUGAAGGAAUUCAUCAAAGUAAUAAAAAAGCAUCGAAAUGGAUUAGAAGAGCUGCCGAAAAUGGUCAUCCAGAUGCUCAAUUUAUUCUUGGACGAAUGUAUGCUAAAGGAGAAGGAGUUAAACGAAAAAAUGCCGAAGAAGCUAUAAAAUGGUUUAAAAAAGCUGCUGAUCAAGGACAUUUGGAAGCUGGAAUUAUUACGGAAAUUUAUGUUUAA